GCCUCCCUCACCGGCCCUAAACAUGGGGUGGAAUCCAGACACUGAUGCUUUAACCCAGAUUUUAGGAUUACUACGCGAAUCACAAUCCCCGGACACGGUAGUUCAACAAUCAGUGCAACAGAAACUAGAAGAACUCAACAAAUUCACAGACUUCAACAAAUAUCUUAUAUUUGUCCUCACAAAACUAACUUCCGAAGAUGAACCUACGAGAUCUCUCAGUGGGCUAAUUUUGAAGAAUAAUGUCAAGGCACAUUUUCACCAGUUCCCCCCUGAUGUGGCACAAUUUAUUAAGGCGGAAUGUUUGUCGGCCGUGGGGGAUCCGUCUCCUCUCAUCCGGGCGACGGUGGGCAUCCUCAUCACGACGACAGCAUCCAAAGGCGAACUAUCCACGUGGCCCGAGCUCCUCCCUAGACUAUGCGAGAUGCUGGACUCUGCGGACUACAACGUGUGCGAGGGAGCGUUCGGGGCGCUACAGAAGAUAUGUGAGGACAGCGCUGAAUUCCUAGAGAAGUCCCCCGAUCGGCCGCUAGACUCGCUAAUUCCUAAGUUUCUUCAGUUCUUCAAACACACGUCAUCGAAAAUUAGAUCUCAUGCCAUUGCCUGCGUCAAUCAGUUUAUAAUUAGCAAAACUCAAGCUCUCAUGGCAAACAUUGACCCCUUUCUACAGAAUCUGUUCCACCUGGCGAUGGACGAUGACCCCGACGUGCGGAAGAACGUGUGCCGGGCGCUGGUCAUGUUGCUGGACGCUCACAUCUCCUCCCUCAUUCCUCAUAUGCACAACAUUAUUGAAUAUAUGAUGAUUAGAACACAGGACCCCGACGAGAACGUGGCUCUGGAAGCGUGCGAGUUCUGGCUCUCCCUGGCAGAACACCCCAUCUGUAAAGAGGCCCUCAAGCCGCACCUACCCAAGUUGAUACCCAUCCUAGUCAGGGGGAUGAAGUACUCUGAGAUUGACAUCAUUCUUCUGAAGGGCGACGUGGAGGAGGACGAGAGUGUGCCGGACCGCAGUGAAGACAUCAAGCCCAGGUUCCACAAGUCUAGGCACACGAUCCGACACGAGCCUAUGGAGAACGGUGGCAGCGGAGAGGAGUUCCCCGACGAUGAAUCGGACGACGGCCUGGACGACGAUUCCUCCUUAUCGGACUGGAAUUUGAGAAAGUGCUCGGCGGCUGCCCUAGACGUGCUGGCCAACGUGUUCCGGGAAGAUAUGUUGCCAGUCAUCCUCCCCAUACUGAAGGAGACGCUGUUUCACCAGGAGUGGGAGAUACGCGAAUCGGGAAUCCUCGCUCUAGGGGCUAUCGCAGAAGGGUGUAUGAAUGGUAUGACCCAACACCUGCCUGAGCUGAUCCCUUACCUGAUCAGUUGCCUCCAGGACAGGAAGGCGCUGGUCCGCUCCAUCACCUGCUGGACUCUCUCUCGUUACUGUCACUGGGCGGUGGUGCUCCCCGAUCACACCUUCCUCAAGCCUUUAAUGUAUGAGCUCCUGAAAUGCGUUUUGGACAGCAACAAGCGAGUGCAGGAGGCAGCGUGCUCAGCCUUCGCCACCCUAGAGGAGGAAGCGUGCACGGAGUUAGUCCCUUACCUGGCCGACAUCCUCAAAACAUUAGUCUUUGCUUUUAAGAAAUAUCAGGCCAAAAAUCUGUUGAUACUGUACGACGCAAUUGGGACGUUAGCGGACUCGGUGGGGAACUAUCUGAACAAGGAAGAGUACAUUCAGAUGCUGAUGCCUCCUCUGAUCGAGAAGUGGAACGUACUCAAGGACGAGGAUAAGGACUUGUUCCCCCUACUGGAGUGUCUGUCCAGUGUGGCUACGGCUCUCCAGUCUGGCUUCUUGCCAUAUUGUGGACCAGUGUAUCAGAGGUGUGUGUCCCUAGUGGAGCAAACACUCAAUCAGACAAUGGCUCACGCGCAGAACCCGGGGCAGUUCGAGGCGGCCGAUAAGGACUUCAUGAUAGUGUCCCUUGAUCUGCUGUCGGGACUAGCGGAGGGUCUGAACGGGCAUGUGGGGCAGCUGGUCCAGCAGUCGAACAUCAUGCAGCUGCUGUAUCAGGCCAUGCAGGACCCCAUGCCAGAAGUUAGACAAAGCUCCUUUGCUCUACUCGGUGAUCUGACCAAAGCAUGUUUCCAGUAUGUGGCUCCUUGUAUAUCUGAAUUUAUGCCUAUUCUUGGUCAGAACUUGAACCCUGAGUUAAUAUCAGUGUGCAACAACGCGACCUGGGCCAUAGGUGAAAUUUCAGUUAAACUAGGGCCAGAAAUGCGUGUGUAUAUAAAUCUCGUCCUGAACGACCUGAUCUUCAUCAUUAACAAACCUAACACGCCCAAGACCUUGCUGGAGAACACAGCCAUUACAAUUGGACGCCUAGGCUAUGUGUGCCCCAAUGAAGUGGCCCCCCUGUUGCAACAGUUUAUCAGGCAGUGGUGCAUCUCCUUGCGCAACAUCCGAGACAACGAGGAGAAGGACUCGGCGUUCCGCGGGGUGUGUAACAUGAUCAGCGUCAACCCCGGGGGUGUAGUGGAGGACUUCAUAUUCUUCUGUGAUGCCAUAGCCUCCUGGAUCAACCCCAAGCAAGACCUUAAAGAAAUGUUCCAUAAGAUACUCCACUGUUUCAAGGAACAGGUGGGAGAGGAGAACUGGAAGCGCUUUACGGAACAGUUCCCGCCUCCACUGAAGGAACGCUUGACUCAGCAUUACGGAGUGUGAAGCAGGUGGUGCUGCAAUCAUGUGGAGAUCAGAGCCCAGGAUGAGGGUAUUAGAGUCCUGGCCGAGCUCUGUGGUGUAUGCAGUUAGGAGGCCCAGGUAUCCCCAAAUGGUCGGACCCUGCGAGCCUGGGUGGGGGGAGGGGUUAACUUCUUCUCUCAGCCACUCUCCUCAGCUUGCCCGCCUGCCCGCCCGCCUGCCGUACGGUGUUGUCGCGCUACGAAGAACGCUGGCGAAUAAUUAACCGGACCACCAGGCAGGCGUGGCCGGGGCAAGGAAGAAGUGGGUGCUAGCUAGAGGUGGCUGCCGCGCGCAUCGUCGAGGGAGGGACUUCGCGGACUGGGUGGGAGGGACGCGGAGGGAGGGGGGUGGUCAGCCCCUGGUGGGAGGGACUCCGGGUGGGAGGCUUAGUCCCCAGCACAGAACAUCAACGCCCACCCACGCGCCCGUCUGCCGGCCUCGCCCUACCCGGACGUGGAGGCGGACGGGCGCGUGGGUGUAACACAUAGAGGCUGCUCCACUCGGUCUAUGCACUCCUGCCACGCACCACGUCACCUCUUGUGCAGGUGGCGAUGGUCUGUAUUAUGUAAGAUAUGUAAAUACGUGGAAGCUUUUAUUUUCUACAUGAUCACGUACUGUAAUAAGUCUUUCCUUGUGCCAAUCAUGGUAUCCAUGACCAUAUUUUCUCACAAGUCAUUGCUGUUUAGGUCAUGUAUUAAUGAUUUUUAUUUUAUCUUGUUUAUCCCCAUGUAAGCAGUGAGGGCAAGAUUCCUACUGCAGGGUGGCAGGAGUGAUAGAGGGAGUGUGAAGUAGCGUGUGCCUCUCAACAGUAAUUCUACCAGCCUGGGGCUUCUACUGUCGCUUGUGUGUUGGAAUAACCAAAACUCUACCCCAAUAUGGUGCUACUUUGACUUUGCUCGGGUGUCUGUAUGAACGGCAGACGACCCCGAUUUAAUUGUAGAUUAUCAGCGGUGACGGCUAGGCCGGCGACGUCACCGGUCACCGCAUCCGUAAAGACUCAAUACGGCGUUUAAGACGUCUCUAUUAUUCUUUAUGCGGUCCGGCGCGAUGUCUCUGGCGUAGUGAGAAGCGGCUUCAGUAGGCUUGAGUGGUGCUCAGGCUGGUGGCUAUACUGUGCCUUAGUGGUUUAACCUUCAGUAACAGGAUCCAGCCAAAGGGUUCAUAUCAGCAGUCAAGUCGCUUAGUCACUUGCAGUUUUUUGACAGUGCCGCAGACACUUAUGCUUUCCCUCGUGGGGGUCGUGUUGCCGAAGGGUAAACCACAACUUGUUUUCCCAGUGCACACAUAGGACUUAAUGGAAACGACUGUGAUCAUAGUGAUUUCUUUGAUUUUUGUACUGUUAUGCAAAGUAAGUUAAAUAUCACUUUUUUCUCUGAAAGUCUCUACAUUUGAAUCAUUGAUAGGUGGGAUACAUGCUGUGCAAUAGAUGUUUAUGAGUGGGGCAUGUUGUGGGUGGCUGAAAAUAAUGUUAGUAUUAUUUAUAGAACAGGGGGACCUUACCUGUACUAGAGGGGGGGGGGGUUAGGGUCACACACAUUUUAAACCCAACACAAUACAAAAUUAUUAGGUUUAAGAGCCAAAGAGAGUUAUAUGCAGCAUUUCUCCAGACCAUUUUCACAUUUAAGUCACCUUCCAGAGAUAAACAUAUCAACUUUGUAUACACACAAAACUCUUUGGUUCUUGGUACGGGGGCUGAACAAGAUAUCAUAUUUUAAAAGUAUAUGAAACUAUAUAGGCUAUGGGCUAAUACUAAGGGGCAUUUUUUUUUUUUUUUAUUGGUUCAUUCUGAUUUUUCUCUGUUUUGAGAAGCAGGAACCAUCGGGGGCAAAAAAUAAGAAAAAUAAUAUAUCCUUAUGGGGCAUCUUCAAAGUUUCUGGGUUCAACGUUUUGAAAACCGUAAAUUCUGUAGGGGUCGAGUUGGCAGUCAGAGCACGGGCUAAUAGGUAAUAACGAUAUAUAUCUCUUUUUUUUAUUAUAAUAUUUUUUUUUCUGUAGGUGCAUCCAUGUGUAUUUGGAUCGUAGCAAACCUCCGAGAUCACCGUGCUGUGACUGUCGGCGUCGAGCCUGGUAGCAGUUUGUUUGGUGUAUCUGUAGGCGAAAUAUUGUCAUAGUAGUGUUGUUAAUUGCAGUGUUUCUUGCAUGCCCUCAGUAUGUCAUAUAAGUACUACUUGCAUAUGUAUCGGUGAUUUGUUAGUCGGGUACCGGGCAACGAGAAAGAGCUAGAGAUUCCGCGUCCUCGCCCGCCGUACGUCGGGGGAGACGAUGCCCCUCCCGUCGAUCGUCCCCGCGAAGCCAUUUAAACCGGAGUUGGGUCGCGUAACGUACGAGCACGGUACGGGAACGUUCGAAUAUAUUUGCGAUUAAACAAAAAAAAUGAAUCUAUUAACCCGAGUCUCUAUGGAAGAAUAUUUGUCUGAUUUUGAGGCGAUCUGCUCCUGGUUUCAAUGUUCGGACGGGACUACCGACGGCAGCGACGUUUACUCUCCGACGCGUCCACCAGCCGCUCCAAUGCAUGAUCUAUUUUGCAGAAAUAUUAAGUUGUAGAAGGGAGAAAUUUGUGAAAGGUUUGGGAUAAGAUAUUAGUUUCUCUUAACAUUUUAAAACUUUUAUAAACUUUCAUUAUUGAUGAACAUUUCCCGAUUACCCAAAUUUGUUUACAUAUAUAAAAAAAAAAUUACCACGUAGAAAUGAAAACCAACCGUCAAAAAACGACCAAUUCAUCGAGCGAUCGGAGUCAUUUCAAUAAACAAACAUUUUGGUCCACUGUAUAGGAAUGGAUAACACUGUCCCAAACUUUGCCUCCCCUCCCCCUAACUGUUUGGAGUCUGGUCGGGUCGUGUACGGCGGCGACGGAUGGACUUUUGCCUACCAUUAUGAAGAGAUAAACUGUGUCACUGCUGCUUCCUCCUCUCACUGCUCGGGGCCCGGUCGAGCCUUUGAGGGGCCCCUGACCACGAGCAGCGGGGCCUGAAAACUUUUAUCUUGUUUUGUACCUUUAUUGGUAUUUAAAGUUCUUGAUGAUUAUUUCCUUUCCCCCCUCUCUCUCUCCCUCCCUCCCUCCAAGUAUGUUUGAUUUUUUCAUCUCUCCUCCCCUCUCCCUUUCUUUCCUCAAAUUCCUCCCCAGAUAUUAUCUUUCUGUUGUGGUAUAUAUACAGUCUUGCCUAUAUAUAUAUUUAGUUACCAACCUUGUGUGUUGUGUCUCUCCAAACGUUUCAGGCCCUGAGAGAGAGUUUUAGCAGUGAUGUUGGAACCUUCUUGGGAGUAUCAACAAAAUGCAUGCAUAACCAUUUAGUGUAUAACUAUGAUCUUGGUGUAGCCCCAAUCUUGCCCAAUUCUAGCUGCCCAAAAUUGUAAAAUCAUGAAAUACAACCUUCUGAUGUUCUGAUGAUUUCCUUGUGAUAGGGAAAAAAAAAGGAAUUAUUUUUCUCUUCCUAUCUUGGCUGCUUAUAUUGUAUAGCUGCCAUGGUUUUUUGAGCAUUAUUUUGGUAUGAUCCUAAACUUAGAUUGGUAAUAAGGAUGAAGUUUGUCACCCUUUUUGGAGCUCUGUCUGUUUUGUCCUAGACUGUGCCUUAAAGUUGUAAUAUUCCCCUGACAGUCAAUUGGUUUAUUUGUUCGCUCUCUGUGAACACAUUGCAUGCCAGUGUUGAUAGUUGCGCCAUUAACUGAAAAAUGACAUGGGCUGGUGUGCUCGGAGGGACGUCUCCGGAGUUCCGGACGCGUCCGCUCCGAGCGGAGUCAAACCGGCAUUUACUAACGGCCGAGCGAUGGCGUCACGCACACCUAUGCAUCUUAUUUACGGCUCGGGGUUGAGGCUCGAGGGGAUCUGGUAGAGCCGGCACUGCGUGUGUCUCGGGCGAGAGAUGGAGGUGUUUGCUGCAAUAAGAAGGAAAGUUUCUAUCCAUUUUAUCACCUUGCAAUAUGAUUCUCAUUUGUGAUAGGCCCAGUCAAAUGACUAUGCGACAGGAUAGGAAAAUUUGCUAGGCUGAUUAUCGUGUCAUUUGGCAGUUAGGAUGUCGCCGUUCCGGGCGUCCCGGCGCCUCUUAACUAGCGGCUAGGAAAAUUGUUAGGUCGAAGCGCCGCGGACGCCGGAGACCAUUAUCAGAGCGUCUCUCAAAUAUUGCGGAUAGGUUCAGGAUAGGUCGUAGGAGUAGGGAGGGAUGGAGUGGUCAGAGACACGAGCUAUGGCUAGGUAAAAGUUAGGAGCCGGGUGGGUGCUCAGUCAGUCUGUACACCGGCACUAGUGUCACCUUCACCUUUAUUAACAUCAUUUUAAUGUUUAAUCAUUCAGGUGGAUGUUCAUAAUAUGGAGUUGUCACUAAUGGCGUUGUACAGUUAAUUUUAUUAUUUAAUUUAUUGUUCACUCUGUUGAGUGGAUGGAGGGUGUGUGUAUGACAGCUGUAUCUUUGGAUGAUUGAUUCUUCUCCACGAAUUCGUGUUUUACGAAUUUAUUUUAAUGCGGGUGUUCUCUUAGUUUCUGAUCGUGCUCAGUGAUGAUAAGAGUUUAAUAGUUAUGGUUUUAACUAGUCAUUAAUAUGUUAGGGAUAUAAUACAGUCUUAUACUAUUUUUAUUUCAGAUGUUAUUAGGAGUUAGGUUAAUUUUAUCCUAUAUUUUGCUCAUUUGCUGAUGUUCUAGUACAAAUAUUGUUGUUGAUAUCAAUUUUUAAUGAUGUUUUGAGACGAGCGAGGAAACCUCCCGGGUUGUUAACCCCGAGCCUACGAGUGCGUCCGUUGAAGAAGAACGCGGCGGAGUCGUCUCUCCACUGUUGCGUAGACCCGUCGGUGGGUCCCCUCUGCCCGACCAUGUUUUCUUGUACAAAUUGUUGGUUUUUGCUGUGAUAGACGUAAAUCCUGAUUUGUAAAUCCAUUGUGAUAUGAUCUUUGCACAAAUCUAGGCUUGAGUGGUAGGAUUCUCUUUUGAUAGGGCUUGUUGGUGGUUAUUGUAGUCUGUGGUUAUUGUGCACCCUCAGAGGACUACCUUGUUGCCAUACAUUCAUUGUAAUAUAUUGUACAUAGGAAGAUUUAUUUUUUUGUUUAUAUCACUUGGCGCAGUUCUGUCUCACCCUUUCUUUACACACGUACAUCCUGUAAUUUUUUAACACGUCUCUUUCCGCUUGUUUCGCCGUAGGUUAGGGACUCUCGUGGCGUAUUCCAUUAGAUCUUUAUUAUUUUGAUAGUUAUUACGGUCGUGGGCGUCGGCGCGGUGUCCGUCCCGUCCCGGGCAACCGGCCGGCGGACGGGAUGUCGCGUCGGCGCCCGAGUAUUUAUUGUUAUUACCCGUCGACUCGGCCUCGGUAUGUGAAGUAUGGUAGUGUUAUUGUUUGUUGGAGUCACUGACACGGUCGCCACACAUACUACAGUUAAGGUUUGCCAGGGCUUUUUAGCAGUUGCGAGUUUUUGUGUCUAGGAUUUUGAAUAACCUGACAGGCUAUAAGGAUCUAUUGUUAUCUCUUUUAUACUAAAUACUUAUAACUGUAUUAGUACCCAAGUAACUUUGUUUGUACAUUAAGAAUUCCAUUUCACUUGCGGGCAGAGACGUAGAUACGGCGACCCCCCGACGGCUACCUCAUAAAUCUUUCCUCGAGCUGUGUAACUUGUACUCUUUUAUAAAGAAUUUUGUAAGAUAACGUAGGUAUCCAACAACAGAUGUCGGUUUAAUUUUUAUUUUAUUUUUUUCUCGAGAUGCAAAGGUGUCGGGUGAUCUGGCCAAAAAGAGUUCUCCCAUGUUUGUGUUUUUUACAAUUUAUCGAGUUGUGAAAAUAUUCGAGCCAAUGUUUUAUUUUCACGAUUGUUCUUAGGAAAAUGCCAAAAUUCAUUUAAAAAAAGGGAUAAAGGUUUAUUUUACCCUGAUUGCGGGGAUUGUUUGUUUUAAACGCCUGUCGACCAUGGUACAUUAUUUUCUGUAAAAGUCUUCCUGUGAAUUAAAUCAAAGAUGUCAACAGAGACAGGUCAAGUGUUUUUAUAACUUUUAGUUCUAUUUGUGAAAAGAAUUUCUCCGAGUUGGCUCCAUUUGCAUUGUGUGUAACGUAAUUCGACUACGACUUGGGAGGAUUCACGUCACGCAGGUGUUACGAGAAAAUCAGCCAUGUCGCAUUUCCUAUCGCUGUGGUGAGGGAGUAAGAGGGGGGGGGGACAGCUGGGGCCCCACAAGUGAUGUAAUCCCUUCCACCAAUAAUAAUUUUGUGCUCAGGGAAUCACUGCUCUUUGAUUAUUAAGUAAAGGGGGAUUUUCUGGGAUGAGAAUUAGAGGGGGAUUGGAAUUGGUACACGGUAUUAAAACUCCGUUGUAGGGAUUUUUACGAUAGGGAUCUUAAAAGUUAAUGGAUAAUUUUUAACUCGAAUGUUUUUAAUGCUGUUGACGUGGAGGGAUGCAGGUCACCGGGUCCCACAGCUGUUAACGCCUCCGCCUUACCCUAGUAUUCACUGUGUUGUUAAAAGUAGUGGUGCAUCAGUAUAAAUGGAAUGGUGAA